UAUAAAUUAAAUCCAUUGAACUCGUGGUGUGAAUCAGUGACCGUCGGCUAUGCUGUCAGUCGUCCGAAGCAGUGGUCGCACACUUUGUGGCCACAAAUGUCUCACCAAAGAGUUUAAACGAUUUGGACGCUUUMUGUUGCCGCAAGUGGUGGACAAACCGCCCGAUUAUUAUCAAACAAUUGAACAAAAACUCAAUGAAAUUAAUUAUUACGAAAAUGCUAUCAAUUUGUUUGACAUCGGGUUCGCAAAUGACUCGGAUGUCACACAAAAGUGGUCACAAGUAAAGAAAGAUUUUGAAAGUAAAACUCUUACGAGAGUUGACUUCGAAGACUUUGAUGAAGACGAAGACAUACAGGCAUUGAAUUACAGACGGAUUUACGAGAAAUGGCUUUUGAGUGACGAAGGCGUCCAAAGUAUCAUUGAUUUGGCCAAUCAUUACGCAAUCUUUAAAGAUCUGUUUCCACCCUCACAUCAGAUACAGAGUGUUUCAUCUAUAGAGUCMAUCCCUCCAAAGCCUACAUAUUAUUUUCGACCAUUAGUUCCAUUGAAAGCCGAAUUCUGUGUUCUUGAGUCCGAAGUCGGAGAAGAAGAUAUUUUGACAGAAAAUAGUACUAAAGAAACUUCUUCUGAAAACAAAUCGGAUGACAUAAUUGUUUCGCCAGUAUUUCGCGGAAAUCUAUUGUAUCCACAAAAAUGUCAAAAMUGUCCAAACGUUUCAAUCGACGCUUCGGCUAUUAAUGGGAUCAAUAAUUUUGAUAAAAGUAACGAUAAUUAUAAUGAAUUGAAUGAAUCAAAUGGUCAGAUAAGGCUUUUAAAUGAUAUAAAUAAUUAUUACACGUUAUGUCUAAUUAGUUUGGAUUCAUUACUCGGUAAUGAAUCCAAUGUUUGCCAUUGGAUGACAACCAAUAUUCAUAAUACUAAAGGAGUUACCAGUUAUGAGACAGUCAUUAAAUAUUUGCCUGUUUUUGGAGUCAAAGGCUUAGGGUAUCAUAGAUAUGUGUUUUUGUUAUAUAAACAUAAGAGUCCAUUGAAACAACAAUCUAUCGAUGAUUUUGAUCUUAAAAAGAGGUCUUUCAAUGCUUUGGAGUUUAUGUCAGCUCAUGGCGAUGAUAACCAACUCACACCUGUAGGUCUUUCAUGGUUUCAAACUAUUUGGGACUAUAGUUCACAAAAGAUAUUUUAUGAUUAUUUAGACAUGCGAUCACCUUAUUAUCAAUGGAUACCACCAAAGGAUAAAUUUUACAAACAAUUACAAUUUCCUGCCAGAGCUCCGUUCAAUAUUUAUUUGGAUCAAUUCAGAGAUCCAAAGGAUUUAGCCAAAGAUGUUUUAUUAGAACGGUUAAAGUCAGUCAAUCCUUAUGACUAUAAGGAUACUUUUAAAGAACCAGUACUUCCACAUAUUCAUCCCAUACCAAUUGGUACACCUGAUUGGCUUAAGGCACCCAUAAGGAAAAGGCGUUCAAGAAUUGGUAUCUAUCGUGGACUCAGACCUCAUUCUGCAAUAGAGCCUUUCGACAACAAUGCAGACCUGGAUCAGCCUAAACAUCCACGAAUUCAUCCAACAUCUGCACCAGUUAACCAACCUUUACCCUAUCCGGAUGGUCAUAGAAGACCUAAACCACUGAGAGAUACAUUUUGGGUGAAACCUCCUAACGAACACCCGACCUAUAGAAUUGCAUAUCCAUUGAGUUUACCAGAAGAUGAGCGCAAAAAUGUUAAAAAAGAAGACUUGGAAAUAAAAUAACGGUUUGACUUAUCUGUGAGUUUGUUAAUUACAGUACGUUUAUAGCCAUUUGUUAUCAUUAAU